GAAGGGAACAGAGGAGGUGAUGGGUAGGUAUGGUGUCAAGGAGAGGAAUGAAGAAGGUCAGAGGAUAGUGGAUUUUGCCAAAAGGAUGGACAUGGCUUUUGUGAAUACGUAUUUUAAGAAGAGGGAGGAACAUAGGGUUACAUACAAGAGUGGAGGAAGAUGCACACAGGUAGAUUACAUCCUAUGCAGAAGAGUCAAUCUGAAGGAGAUUGAAGACUGCAAAGUGGUGGCAGGGGAAAUUGUAGUUAAGCAGCAUAGGAUGGUGGUCUGUAGGAUGACGUUGGAGAUCAAGAAGGGGAAGAGAGUGAGGGCAGAGCCAAGGAUCAAAUGGUGGAAGUUGAAAAGGGAAGACUGCAAGGUUGAGUUUAGGGAGGAGGUGAGACAGGCACUGGGUGGCAGUGAAGAGUUACCAGACAGCUGGGAAACUACAGCAGAUGUAGUAAGGGUGACAGCAAGAAGGAUGCUUGGAGUGACAUCUGGAAAGAUGAAUGAGGAAAAGGAAACCUGGUGGUGGAAUGAGGAAAUACAGGAGAGUAUACAGAGGAAGAGGAUGGCAAAGAAGAAGUGGGAUAGUCAGAGAGAUGCAGAAAGUAGACAAGAGUACAAGGAGAUAAGGCGCAAGGUGAAGAGAGAGGCUGUGAAGGCUAAAGAAAAGGCGUAUGAUGAAUUGUAUGAGAGGUUGGACACUAAGGAGGGAGAAAAGGACCUGUACCGAUUGGCUAUACAGAUAGACCGAGCUGGGAAAGAUGUGCAGCAGGUUAGGGUGAUAAAGGAUAAAGAUGGAAACAUACUCACAAGCGAGGAGAGUGUGUUGAGCAGAUGAAAAGAGUACUUUGAGAGGCUGAUGAAUGAAGAGAACGAGACAGAGAAGAGGUUGGAUGAUGUGGAGAUAGUGAAUCAGGAAGUGCAAUGGAUUAGCAAGGAGGAAG